AAAUUGAAUAAUUAGGCGUGCUGUCACUCGAAAUUACUCUAUUUUUUUUUAGGUGGAGGGUCAUACUUUGAUAUUUGUUAAAUGUUUCAAAGAAAAACACUAAUCCUAUGGGGCCGACAUUUUCUGAUGGGAAACGACAUUUAUAUCUAACCGGGCUAAUUAGUGAAAAACACAGCAACUGCCUGGGGUUUGGUGUCUCUUUUCUAAUCCUUCAGGGCAAAAUGGCGUGUUCUGAAGAAUACAAUAUAUUCAUAUCAUUAUUCAACUUGAUCUCUUUAGCAUGUUCUGCCAGUGUCUCGCCAGCAUGUCCGUAACGUUCCCCUUACAUACAAAAAAUACUGAGAAUCUCAGCAAUUAAGCUUAGUUGAAGAAGCCAGAAAAAGAAAGAGAUUUGAGUCAACUAAAGUUUUUUUUUUCUAAAAUGAAGUGUUUUGCUAUGAUCUUAAUAACUCCAAGACCUGUAAAACUAAACCGGUCGAAACAAGGCAAAUAUUGGAAACUAUCCAACUAUAUACACCUCUAUUCAAUCAAAGAACUGCGCGGGCUUUUGCAAAGUGGUGCUCAACCCACAACAUAUCAUUUUUAAAAACAAAGCUGGACAGAAAUUCAAAGAGUAGAAAAAGACAGCUUUAUAUAUUAGAUAAGAGCAUCUCCAGCAGCCGGCCAAGUUUUAUUUUGUCUAAAGCCAAACGCUGCCACUUUAACUAAAAUAAAAAUCAUUUUCCCAGAAGUUGAAUUUUUCUUUAACUUUU